GUCGAUGCGAGCUGCGCCAUGAUUCAGUUCAAUCUUGGACAGCAUCCCAAGUAGACGCGAAAUCACGGCUAGAACGGCUGGAACAACAUGUGGCAGUUCAUAAGGUCACGAAUAUUGACGGUGAUAAUCUUCAUAGGUGCUGCUCAUGGAAUACUGGUCGUGGGUCCUAAGUUUAUCCGUGCCAACCAAGAGUACACGCUGGUGAUUAGUAACUUCAACUCCCACCAAGCCAAGGUGGAUCUGAUGCUACGGAUAGAUGGCCAAACGGAUGAUGGAAGAAAUUUACUCAAUAUAACGCAGAUGAUUGAUGUGCGGCGCAACAUGAACAGGAUGAUCAACUUCAAUAUGCCCGUGGACUUAUCAGCGGGGAAUUACAAAAUUACCAUCGACGGACAGCGAGGCUUUAGCUUCCACAAGGAGGCUGAGUUGGUGUAUCUGAACAAGAUCGUAUCCGGGUUGAUACAGAUCGAUAAACCCGUUUACAAGCCGGGAGAUACGGUACAGUUUCGGGUGAUAGUGUUGGACACUGAGCUGAAGCCUCCGGCACGCGUUAAAACGAUUCAUGUGUCGAUCCGCGAUCCUCAGAAAAAUGUCGUUCGCAAAUGGUCCUCGGCAAAGCUGUACGCCGGUGUAUUUGAGAGUGAUCUUCAGAUCGCGCCAACGCCCAUGCUCGGCGUGUGGAACAUCUCGGUACUGGUGGACGGCGAAGAACUCGUUUCAAAGACAUUCGAGGUGAAGGAGUAUGUGCUGUCGUCGUUUGAAGUCGAGGUGAUACCGUCCACCAUUCCUUUGGAGGAACACCAAGGUCUCAACCUGACGGUAGCGGCCAACUAUCACUUUGGAAAGCCUGUAAAAGGUGUGGUCAAGAUGGAGCUGUACCUGGAGGACGAUAAGCUUGACCAGAAGAAAGAGCUCGAGAUAUUCGGUAUGGGACAAGUGGCGCUCCGGUACGCAGGACACUUCGAAGUGCACGAAGAUCAGCAGGAUGUACUUGUGAAGACAACGUUCAUCGAGCAGUACACAAAUCGUACGCUAGUUAAACAAAGUCACGUCACUGUGUACAAAUACAAUUACCGUGUGGAGCUGAUAAAGGAUAGCCCACAGUUCCGUCCGGGAUUACCCUUCAAGUGUGCCCUUCAGUUCCGAAAUCAUGACGGAACACCUGCUGUAGGUAUUACCGGCAAGGUGGAGGUAAUCGACCUCGAUUUCGAAGUAACUGAAACGAGUGAUAAUAAUGGUUUGAUAAGGCUCGAACUCAAUCCAAGCGAUAGUCUCGACGGGAUGGAUAUAAACUUUUCUAACGAUGAUAAUGGAUUCUACUUUUACGAGCGUGUAGACAAGGUGGACAUAGUGACAAACGCUUACAUCAAGCUGGAGCUAAAAUCUUCCAUUAAAUUGAACCGUUUUUUGCGACUGAUGGUUACGUGUAACGAGCGGAUGACGUUCUUCGUCUACUACGUUGUGUCGAAAGGAAACAUAAUUGAUUCGGGCUUCAUGAGACCGAACAAGCAGAACAAAUAUCCUCUACAAUUGAACGCCACGGAGAAGAUGAUUCCGAGAGCCAAAAUCAUUGUCGCUACCGUCGCUAGUCGUACCGUGGUGUAUGACUUUGUGGACAUUGAUUUCGAAGAGCUGCGGAACAAUUUUGAUCUAAGUAUCGACGAGCAGGAAAUAAAACCAGGACGACAAAUCGAGCUCCGUAUGUCUGGGCGGCCGGGAGCGUACGUAGGUUUGGCGGCUUACGACAAAGGUUUGCUGUACUACAACAAAAAUCACGAUCUGUUCUGGGAGGACAUAAUGCAAGUGUUUGACGAAUUUCAUGCGAUUGUAGAGAACGAGUUUGACAAGAUUCAUAGCAUGGGACUGUUUGCCAGAACGUUGGAUGAUAUUAUGUUCGAUGGGGCGAACGAUAAGUCGGCACGUGACGGGUUGCAGGUAAACAAUCCAAUCACGAAGUUAGUUUCGUACCGGACAAAUUUCUUGGAAUCGUGGCUGUGGCAGAAUGUAACGAUUGGCCGAUCGGGUACGAAGAGGAUGAUUGAAAUAGUUCCGGAUACGACCACAUCCUGGUACUUGACGGGCUUCUCAAUUGAUCCGGUGUAUGGAUUGGGUAUUAUUAAGCAGCCGAUCCAGUUCACAACGGUGCAACCGUUCUACAUUGUGGAGAAUCUACCGUACUCCAUCAAACGAGGCGAAGCGGUUGUGUUGCAGUUCACGCUGUUUAACAAUCUUGGAGGAGAGUAUAUCGCCGAUGUGACGCUGUACAACGUAGCCAAUCAGACAGAAUUCAUUGGACGACCCUUAGAAGAUCUCAGCUACACAAAAUCCGUCAGCGUUCCACCGAAGGUAGGUGUACCGGUCUCGUUUCUGGUGAAGGCACGAAAGCUUGGCGAGAUGGCAGUACGGGUGAAGGCCUCCAUCAUGCUUGGGUUGGAAACGGACGCACUGGAAAAGGUGAUUCGGGUCAUGCCAGAAAGCUUGGUGCAGCCAAGGAUGGAAUCACGAUUCUUCUGCUUCGAUACGUACUCCAAUACUACCUUCUUGAUGAACCUAGACAUUAACAAGAAGGCUGAUAAUGGAUCGAAAAAGAUUGAGUUCCAGCUGAAUCCCAAUCUGCUGACCACAGUAAUUAAAAACUUGGACAACCUGCUUGCUGUCCCAUCUGGUUGUGGAGAACAGAAUAUGGUAAGGUUCGUACCGAACAUCGUGGUGCUUGACUACCUGCAUGCUACCGGGUCGAAGGAGCAGAGUCUGAUUGACAAAGCAACGAAUCUGCUGCGGCAGGGCUAUCAGAACCAGAUGCGCUAUCGUCAGGCGGACGGUUCAUUUGGUGUUUGGCAGAAUGGUGGCAGCGUCUUCCUGACCGCCUUCGUAGCCAAAUCGAUGCAAACUGCAUCGAAGUACAUAAGCGAAGUGGAUGCAGGUAUGGUAGAACGAGCGUACGAUUGGCUUGCUUCUAAGCAGCACAGUUCGGGCCGUUUCGAUGAGGUCGGUUCCGUGAUCCACAAAGACAUGCAGGGCGGUCUGCGCAAUGGUAUCGCGCUGACAUCGUACGUACUGACGGCACUACUGGAGAACGAAAACGCCAAAGUGAAGCACGCGGUUGUGAUCCAAAAUGCAAUGGCUUAUCUUAGCGGUCGGAUCGAAUUGAUCGACAAUCCUUACGAUCUGUCCAUUGCGACCUAUGCGCUAAUGUUGAAUGGGCACAGUAAGAAGACUUUGGCAUUUAAAAGGCUCGUCGACAAGUCGACCGUCAUUGGCAACGGCACGGAGCGGUACUGGAACACGGAUAAUAGCAUUGAAACGACCGCGUACGCGCUGCUGUCGUUUGUGAUAGCGGAAAAGUAUCUGGACGGCAUACCGGUGAUGCGCUGGUUGGUGAACCAGCGGUACGUUACCGGCAGCUUCCCGCGCACUCAGGACACGUUCGUGGGGCUGAAGGCAUUGACCAAGUUGGCGGAAAAGAUCUCCCCUUCAAGAAACGACUACACGAUACAGCUGAAGUAUAAGCGGUCGACGCGAUACUUCCACAUCAACUCGCAGGACGUUAACAUUACCAACUACGAGGACAUACCGGAGGACACUCGGUCGCUGGAAGUGAACGUUGGUGGUAUUGGGUUUGGAUUGCUGCAGGUCAUCUAUCAGUACAGCCUAAAUCUGGUCAACUUUGCGAAUCGGUUCAAGCUCGAGCUGGAGAAGCAGAACACGGGCUCAGAGUAUGAGCUGAAGAUGAGGGUGUGUGCCAGCUUCAUACCGAAGUUAGCUGAUAGUCGUUCGAAUAUGGCGCUUAUUGAGGUGAACUUCCCAAGCGGGUAUGUUGUCGAUCGGAAUCCGAUUACUGAGCAGACGACGAUUAAUCCCAUUGAGAACAUCGAGUUACGGUACGGUGGCACAUCGGUGGUUGUGUAUUACAACAACAUGGGUGUAGAGCAGAACUGCUUCACCGUGACGGCCUACAGACGGUUCAAAGUGGCACUGAAACGUCCGGCACAUGUGGUUGUGUACGAUUAUUACAAUCCAAAUUUCAAUGCCAUUAAGGUGUACGAAGUAGACAAGCAGGAUGUAUGUGAAAUCUGCGACGAAGCUGAUUGUCCAACCGAGUGCGUAAAAGCGUAA